UUGUAAACAUUCUCGUGCUUCGCUUAUCGUUCGUUCCGUUAUCAUAUCAAGUGUAAUAUGGUCAGAUAAUUUUGCAGUUUAAAAUUACAAGUUACAUUGGCGAGGAUGGUAGAAGUGACCGGUGUUUCAAUUUGAUCUGCAUUACUUAUUAAUUUCUGCAAACUCUGGAACUUGAUCAUGGGCGAUCCUCAUCCUAUGCUCCAAAUCAAAGAAAGAAUCGUUACAAAUCAUCUCAGAGUUCCUGUUGAUUCUCCUGGAGAAAAAAAUGGAUUUUGGAAACCGCCGCCCUCUGGGAAAUCUUUGGAUCCUAAGAUGGAUGAACAGCUGAGAAUGUCUAAAAGAACUAAACCUGGAUCCAGGGUUCGAUCUGCAUCAACAGGAAGAGAUAAGAAAUCGGAGCUGCAAGCUCGAUAUUGGGCUUUCUUAUUUGGAAAUUUGCAGCGAGCUGUAGAUGAAAUCUAUCAAACCUGUGAAAGUGACGAAAGCAUCUCAGAAUGCAAGGAAGUUAUUCUAGUUUUAGAAAAUUUCACCCGUGAGUUCCAUAGCUUAGUGGAAUGGUUCAAGCUGAAAUGGGAAUAUGAAAACACUGCGCCACCCCAAAGACCUACUUCGCUGGCAUGGGAAGUUCGGAAAUCAUCACCCAGGAAGUUUCAGGUUCCAAAAAUGCUACCAGGAAUGAGUAACAGCUUUAUAAAGAAAAAACUCAGUUUCAAUUCAAGUGGACUGCUGAAGACCAUCCAUCCUAAUGACACAAUUUUAGAAUCUCAUGGUCUCAAAUUUGGAGAUGUCGACCCAGAAAAUUGUCUCAGCAAAGUCAGUGAUGUAGUCAGUGAGAACUCAUUAAAAAGAUCUGAAGAUCAAAAGUCACCAACUCCCUUGACUGGAAGCAAUGAUAGCGUUAAUGAUAAGGGCUUCAAAAGCUCCCUAGAAUGCGAUCAGGCUGAAAACAAAAUUUCAAGCAAAGUUAUGAAAAAAACAGAUGACAGUUCACCAUUAGAACUAUCCUGUAUUCAAGAGGUAUUAGAAACCAACAAUUCUACUGAUUCUGUUAAAGAUGCUAAGCCGUUAAAGUCGCCCACAGUCAAGAAGGUAAUCCCUAGCUUUUCUGUCAAAAAUGCAUCCACUGCUAGUAAAAUAACUGCCACCGCCAAGAAACCCUUGGCAGCUGUUAAAAGUAAUCCAACUGUAAUUCCAGGCCGCAAUGUUGCUGCUGCUGCCUUUGUACCUAAGAAAACUAUUGCUCUCUCUAAUCAGACUGUAAAUAAUUGCACGAAACCCACCACUAAUGCAACAAAAAUUUCUCCCAGCUACUCUAACCCGAAAGCACUUCCAGUUGCACAAAGAACUUUCACUUCUAGCAAAAGUUUAACAGUUCCUAAUUUAAGCACUAAGGCUUCUUCCUCGACUACAAGUUCAAAAACUGAGAGUGUUACGACUGGUGGGCAAAAGAGUCUCAAGACAACAACAUCCUCAAGUUCCCAAAAAACAGAAGUUGAGUCUGGUACUAAAGUAAAUGAGCUAGAGAAAGAAUCUGCAAGCCCAGUCAAAGCAUCAUUAAAUGUUGAGACCAAAUCACAGGUAGUUUUAAAAGAUGCUAAAAAACCAGCACCAGAUGUGAAAAUCUUAGUGAAGGAUAAUGCUGCAGGAACACAGCCUAUUGCACAACAGAAAGACACCAAAAAGAUGACUGAUGUUCAGAUUCAAACAGACGAGAAGUCUGUUCUAGCUACAAAACCAAAAUUGGUAGAAAAAACUGAAGAUCCUACCAAAGUCUCAAGGGCAGCUAUAAAAUUAGGUGAAGAAGCAAUUUCCAAACCUGUCAGUCGUCCUGAGGAAAUACCUCAGGAGAACUCUAAAAGCUGCCCUAGUCCUAAAGUUGAAGUGAAUCCUUCAGUGGAUAGCAGCAAAAAGCACCCUGCUAAUAGCAGUCCUGAUCCCACCUACACGAGUAAAGUUAAUACUCCAAAAAUUCUAAGUCAAGGAAAGGAAUCUCUCAAAACAGUCUCAAAUCCUCCUGCCAAGAGUGUAAGCACAAAACCAGCCUACUCAAGCCUGGUGCGGAGCCGAACAUCUGUGGAAAUCCGUCCAUCCAAACAUGUAUUAAGUCACAGGAACUCAAUUCCUAGUAACACCUCUAAUAAACAGAUUAUCUCACCCCUAGACAAAGCAUUAGGUCGCAACUUCUUGAAACAAUCGAAGAAUAUUGAUAUAAAAAGCUGCUACAAAUCGGAAGCAGUUCCGAAAAAAACACCCUCCAACGCUCAGAAGUCUCCGAAACUUAGAAAAACUCCAGAAAAGGAUCCAGAUGGCUGGGAAACAGUUGUUGGACGAUCAAGGCGGAGCAAUCCAUUGACACAAAGUUCUAGCAGUCUCAAAUUAAGGAACAGUGUCACAAAUUGUGAACCCAGUAACCGAUACUAUUUGCCAAGCCCUGCAACAUCCUUACCUGCACUGGCGCUAAGUAUGGAGAAAGAGUCGAAAGACGUUGAAAAGAAUAACAAACAGCAGAAAAACAAAGAAAAUUGGGAAAUAGCCAAGAUGAAUCAAAGGAAUAAGUUGAAAAGUGUGAAAAACGCAGAGAUGGAAAAGGAUAGACCAAUUAUGAGUCAUCUUGGAGCAGCACGCCAAAGUGCUGUGAAAACUAAGCAAAAGGAUUUGAAAGUUCAAGAUGGAAAGAAGAAAGAUGGUGAAAGUGAAAAGAGGAAAGUCUUGAGCAAGGAAAAUGAAAAGAGUAAGGGGGGAAAAAGAAUAAUAGACCAUUCAAAGACGGAAUUGUUGGAAGAUGAAUUAUUGGACAAGGAAGAAAUUCGGAAAAGUAAAGAGCUUGAUGAAGAAGAGAAAAAUCUACAGAAGGAGAUCCAGGUUCUGGAAUCAACAGAAAUAGAGAUUGACACCGAAACGGAUGAAGUUGAAACUGAUUGGGAAAGUAGCAGUGAACUUGCCAAAGACGAUGCAGAUCUUCUAACCGAUAAGGAUCUCUUGGAUGAAAGGUAUAGAUCUAUGUUAAUGGGCAUGCCGUGGGCAGAUCAGAUGGAAGCUUUAGAUAAGCUCGAAACGCUAAUGGCUAUGGAUACGAGCAGCACAGGAUUAAGUUGGGGUGAAAGAAUGAAAACUUUGGAGCAGCUCGAAGAAAUUGUAGCCCGCUCACCAGGCCGAGCACUUGAGCUUCAUCAAAAGCUAUCAUCACCAUCAAGACGGCGGACAAUUCCUGAUGCAAUCAACCGUCAUCAGGCACGGCAAGCCAGAGCCCAGAAGAAACGACAAGAGCUUCUUCAAAAGAAAUCUUCCAAACUCCGUUGGUUAUUGAAUAAAGUUGAGGAGGUAAAAUCUGCUCAGAAUCAGCUUGCGGAGGAGCGGCGUUGUCGAAUUGAGUUGAAGUUGAAGAAGGCAGAAGAAAAUCGGAACCAACAUCUGAGCUGCAUUCGGCGAAAAGCGCACGAUGAGGAAGAGAAACUGAAAGAAAUUGCAUUUAUUAAUGAGUUGGAGGCACAAAACAAGAGACAUGAUUUUCUGGCUCUUUGUCAAGAACAAGAAGAAAGGUUACAAGGUAUCAUUGAAGAACGACAGAGAAAAUUAGAAGAGAAAGCAGCAAAAGAAGCAGCGGUUGAAGAAAGGAAAAAAGCACUAGAAGCUGAAAGACAAGAAAAGUUGGAAAAGAUGCAGGAGAGGCGACGCAUUAGAGAAGAAAGGAUACACCAAGAACAGCAAGAGAAGGAAAAAGAGCGACAAGAGCUAGCGAGGGAAAAGGCAAAAGACCGUGAAGACAGACUUCUAGCUCUUCAAGCGGCUCAGUUAGCAAACGUGGAGGAAUUGCAAAAGAAAAUUCAGCAAAAACAAGAAGAAUCUGCUCGUAGGCAUGAAGAAAAUAUUGAGCUCAUCCGACAAAGAGCUCUUGAGUUUGGAAUGCAGCGCAGUGUAGGUGAUGAUAUAGCACCUCAAUUGGUCCCAUAUGAAAAGAAAAAGUAUUGCACUGUUUGUAAGGUUCUAAUCGAUUCCGAAGUAUUUUUACUGUCUCACCUAAGAGGAAAACCACAUUUAGACGCCGUUAAGAAAGUGCAAAAAGGUGGAGAGUGUGAUGAGAACUCUUUUAUCAUUGUUGCCCCUGAUGAAAUAACAGAAGCUAACAAUAGACAGACCCAGGAAAAAUUGAAAGCUGUCCGCAAGAGGUGUAAGAAAAUCAAAGCGAAGUUGAACUCUAGAGGCGAGGAGUACUUGGCAAAAUUGAAAAGCGAAUCUGUGAGUAAGAAAACUGACUCUCCCAACAAAAGCCGGUUAUCAAAGUGCGUGAAGGACAUCGGGAAGUUAGUCUCAACACAAGGAGUCGGUUUAUGGCCAGACAACGCAAUUACUCUGCUAGAAAGGAAUUUGAAUGAAUUGUGUCGAAUAUUUGAUAAGAAGGAAUCUGCGGAUCAAAGUAUUUUCCGAGAACUCCAAGGUUUCACAUGUCUAUCAAAUCUGUUGGAUCUAGCCAUUUGUGUUCCUAAGUCAAUGUUUUCAUUUUUACCUCUCAAAUGCUUCGUCACAAUUGCCACCACUUACCUUUAUGCAUGUCAGAAUAGCAUUGAAAAUUCCAAAUUUGUUCUGUUGUCGAACAAAAUUGCUCUUCUCUUAGAUGUUCUAUACAAUCGGUUAAAUAUCUUAAUUCCAGAUAGUUUCUCCGAUAAACCCUCACCUGUCCUUGAAGUUCCACCCGUUGACAACAUUGCUGGAUCGUUGAUGAAGCUUGUGUCAACCAUCAUUUCGCAAACAGUCAACGGUGAAACAAUAGAUAGUGAUGUUACCUCCAGAAUUCCAGAUGUAGUUAGUUAUAUCGUGAGUGUAGGUAUCACCGACAAGUUGACCGGGUACUGCGGCACUGUCCGGAACCCAAUAGACGAUCUUCCAGACGUAGCUCAGUUCCUGUUAUCUUUGAUUCAGUUUUUGAGCACCCUAGCUGAAACCAGGUGUCCGGAAAACGGAACCCGUCUUCUAGAGAAACUGAAAGACACCGAACUUAUGGGGGCCGUCUCUCUUUUGUACGGAAUGUUGCUCCACCAGGGAGCCCCGCAGACGUUACCAUCGCACACCUUGACCGUUGCCACGGCCACCAUGAAAUUCCUAGCGACUUGCGCGCAGUUACAAUUGAAGCUGUUCCAGAGCGUUCUUGGAGCUGAAGGAAUUUCCUUGCAAUUCCGUCACAUCGCAAGUUACUUACUGUGGUAUUGUUCCCAGAACAAAAACGAAACCGAACUCCUUCAUCAAGUGGUCGAACUUGUCGGAUAUUUCGCCGUCGGAAAUAACGAUAAUCAAUUAAUGUUACAAACGGGACACAUGCCGACCGUCCUGCAGCAGUUGUGCAACCUUCCGUUUCCUUACUUCAGCAACCCGAAUCUGACAAGGCUCCUGUUCCCGGUGCUACUGGCUUGCAUCCACGACUGCCCUGAAAAUAGAGCCGUUUUCGAUCAGGAACUCAGCUACCAGCUGUUGGAAGAAUUCCAGAAGUCCGAGGAAGCUAAGUCUUUGCCUUUGAUCCAAAUAUUGGAGAAAGUUAAAUAGACACCAGACUCGCAUUUUUCUAACUCGUGACGCAUUCUAAAGUUUCCCUCCUCUUACAUAAUAAGUUACUUUCCUUCUGCGACUUAACUCUUAUAUUAAAUUGUGUGAUUAUUAAGUAUUAACCUAAUCCUAAGUUCUUAAUUUCGUGCCUAAUCUUAGCAUUUUUCUAUUUUUGUGAGCUCUUUGUAUAGUGGGCUAGCUACCGGAGCAUUUUCGCGUGGUGACGCUCUUGUCUCGUAACAUCUCACCUCGGCCCAUUCGAGUUAGAAGUAUGUACUAUUAUCUACAGACAUAAUCGAACCAACCGUCUUUUAACUUUAAUACCAAGAACUCCUAAACCUUGAUUCUCUCGAUACUUGACGACUUUAACAGCUUAUGAGUUCAAGUCGCUUAAGUCCCCUGAGGAAAACUGUUUCAAUGCAUUUUGAUGCACUUUGAGUGUCUCUUAAGACUUGCUGCCAGAAGAUCCUUUUUUUUCUCUUCUUUUUUUCCAUUCCAGUUUAACAUUUUAUUUCACUCUCGAUAAGUGAAAGCUUGAGAAACCUCCUUUAUCACACAGAAAAAUAGUCGCUAUCAGUCUCAAAGUAUGUGGCCGUAUUAUUUUUCGACUUUUUGAUGUAUGUUUUUAUUAUCAUUCAGCCGCCCAGCAUUUUUGUCUCUCUCAUAUCAAUCUUACUCGAAGUCGAUUAAUUUUGCACCCAUCGUGUAAUUUAUUUAGCUCAAUGAAAUCAGUUUCGCUUGUUUUUGUUGUACUUAUUUUGAGAAGGAAAAUCAAGGAGGCGAAAAAUUUUGGAAAAGCUUUAAGAAAACAUUAAGUUCGCAUGAGACAUAUUCUUCACAUCGAGAUCCAGUCCAAAGCUCAUAUUCAAUUCGAAUAUUUGGACUGCGUUUCGCACAAAAAGAAUAUCUAUUGUGGAUUACCCGUACAUUGAAAAAAAAAGUAUGGUAAAAUCUACUAUAAGUCUCCUUGCUUUUUUAUACAGUGAUACUAUCUAGUGAAAAUAAUCAGAAUUAUAGCAGUAUUCACCAGAACUCUGGUGAUACUUACCAUAAUAUGAUAAGUGCCACCAGAGGAGUGGGUGUCCUGCUCCGUUUGCGGUUACAAAAAAUUAGGCAACAAAAAAUACAGUUCAGCUUAUUCUGGUAAAAUCCGUCCAAUGGAUGACUUUUUGAAAUCAAGAAUCGCUGUUUCUGGAUCACCCUAAAAUCCUUAAAAGUCUAUCCGCAUAGGAAAAUUAAUCGACUUAAUUACGUUGUUCCUUAAGUGAGCCAUCAUAGUGAUUCCUCUUUGAAAAAUAUAGUCCUUUUAACUGACAAUGAGUGUAAUGCCGCUGACAAUUUGAAGUAGUGAAUGGCCCCGUGAAGUUCCUUUGCGGUAAAGAGAUGCAAUAAUUGUUUUUGCAUGAAGAGUUUUGUUAGUUCUCUCUCUGAACGAAAUGACUCCAGUCCGUGAUUUGAGUCGGGUGUCAAGUAUCAAUCGGUUUGUUACCCUUGCAAUAUCUUGUUGUGAUAUGGUUAGAUUUAUAUUUUUUACGUUUAUUUUGUUCCAUUUUUAAGAUAUUUAUUUUGUUCUGCUUUUUUAUAUUCAUUCAGUUUUCUCUCAUUUUAAUAAUCUUUGUACGACUUUUGUAACUGAAUUCUAUUAAUUGUAAACACUGAAUAGUCCAAAAAUUCUAGUUUUUCUCGUGGUUGUUACUUUAAUAAUGAUCUUUACACUCUGUCACGUACUCUUUCAGUUUUUACACUCUUGUUGUUUUUCACGCAGCAAUAAUAUUUUCUCCUUUCUUGUACUUUUCUUCUGUUCCUUUUCCUCUUUCUCUUUCUGUUUCUGUACUUUUUUAAUUUUUCAUUAAAUGAGUAUCCGUCAACAUUCUUGACAACUGUGAUACGUGUUUAAACAUUGAA